UGUCCUGACGGUCAAACUUGUCAAGACGGAAAAUGUGGUUGCCCCAUCGGUAAAACAUUAUGUAGCAGUAGUAAUACCUGCGUUGAUACUAAGUCUGAUAGUCAAAACUGCGGAACUUGCGGUCAUACUGUGGUGUGAAGCCGAUGAAACCUGUGUAAAUGGUGUAUGCGUUGAUUGCGUACAAGACUCGGAUUGUGUCAGCGAUUUUAUAGUAAAUCGUGCUGCUAAUAUUUGGCUUACUGCUACAGGCACAUGCAUUAACAAUGUCUGCUAUGUGUGCGCUGGAUGUUUACCAUCAGAUUAUUGUAGUACAUUUGAAAACACUGGUGGUGUUGCUUAUGGUUCUGCACAAU